UUCAGCUUCCUCGCAUUACCCCCACCCUCCUCCGUGUACUCUAGCUGCGAGGGAGCCCGCCUCCUGCCCUCCUAUUGGGCUGUAUGAGGACUACAGGCUGGCGGGCGGGGGGGUUGCAGCGCUGCGUCUGACAAAUUUGCAGCGGCUGAGCGCAGCUUGAUUCGCCGGCUGCUCAGCAGGGACUCUCCUUCUUAGUAUUAUUAUCAGAAAAAAUAUUAUUACGGCAGGGUAAAGCGCUUAAAACCUCCGGAGGAUUUAGGAAUGCCUCAGCCGGGACCUGAGAGCGCAGUGGCGGACUGACUCCACAGCAUCUCAUCGCUGUAGUUAUAUUUGGACACAUUUCUCGAGUGCGUCUUCUCCUCAAUCCACCUGCCUGCGCGCGUCGGGAUCAAGGAGCCCAUGGAGGGAUGUCGCGAUGCUGUGCACAAGGAGAACUAAAACUUUGGUGUCGACAUGUGUGAUCCUGAGCGGCAUGACCAACAUCGUGUGUCUCCUGUAUGUCGGCUGGAUCACCAACUAUGUGGCCAACGGGGGUCCCAAAGUUGCGGAGAGCGGCGGCGAGGCGGAGAGAAAGUUGGAGGAGGACAGUAAAGGGGAAACCCUGAGGAUUAUCGAGAGGCUGGACCGGCUGGAGAGCGUCGUCAACGAGCACAUCAAAGAUGCCCCUCAGAAGGACGGUGAAGACGCUGCGUCCUCGUCAGACUCAGCCUCAGACUCCGCCUCCUCGCUGUUCGACCACUGGGGUCACGACCUGGGCCCCGAGAGUCGAAGGGUCGCCCUCAGGAAGUUCCGUUACUAUGGCUACAACGGUUACCUUAGCGACCGCAUCUCCCUCACCCGGCCAAUCCCAGAUUUACGACCGGACGGGUGCAGAAACAUGUCAUAUUCAUCGGAUCUUCCUCAGCUCAGCGUCAUCUUCAUCUUUGUCAACGAGGCCUUGUCGGUGUUACUGCGCUCCGUCCACACAGCCAUCCAGAGGACUCCAUCACACCUGCUCAAAGAGAUCAUACUGGUCGAUGACCACAGCAGCAGCCUGGAGCUGAAAGAGCACCUGCAGAACUUUGUGGAGGAGACCAACGCUCAGCACAGCCCAGGGUUCAUCAAGGUGGUCCACCAUGACAAGCAGGAAGGACUGAUCAGGUCCCGAGUCAGUGGAUGGAGGGCUGCCUCCGCUCCCGUUGUCGCUCUGUUCGAUGCACACGUGGAGUUCAACACUGGAUGGGCAGAACCUAUUCUGCAGCGAAUAAAGGAGGACCGGACCCGGGUGGUGUCUCCCUCUUUUGACAACAUCAAGUACGACACCUUUGAGAUCGAGGAGUACCCGCUGUCUGCUCAGGGCUUUGACUGGGAGCUGUGGUGUCGAUACCUCAACCCGCCAAAGUCCUGGUGGAUACAACGCAACCACACGGCCCCCAUCAGGAGCCCCGCUCUGAUUGGCUGCUUUGUGGUCGACAGGAAAUACUUUGAGGAGAUUGGCCUGUUAGAUGAAGGCAUGGAAAUUUACGGUGGAGAGAAUGUGGAGCUCGGUAUCAGGGUGUGGCAGUGUGGCGGCAGUGUAGAGGUCCUGCCCUGUUCCAGGAUUGCACACAUCGAGCGUGCCCACAAACCCUACACAGAGAACCUGACAGUCCACGUGCGUCGUAACGCUCUGAGGGUGGCUGAGGUCUGGAUGGACCAGUACAAGAGUCACGUCUACAUGGCCUGGAAUGUUCCACUACAGAACUCAGGAAUAGACAUUGGGGACAUUGCUGAGAGAAAAGCCCUGCGAUCCAGACUCCAGUGCCGACCAUUCAGCUGGUUCCUCUCCAACAUCUACCCCGAGCUCCGAUCCUACAGCGACACAGUUGCUUACGGAGUGUUGAAGAACAGUCUAAGAGACAAUCUGUGUUUGGACCAGGGACCUGACACUGACAAUGUUCCCAUCAUGUACCUCUGUCAUGGUAUGACACCGCAGCAGAAUGUCUACUACACCAGCUCUCAGCAGCUUCACCUGGGAGUGCUGAGUCCGACGAUCGACGAUGACGACAACAAGUGUCUGGUGGACGUGAACAGCAGACCCAGGCUGCUGGAGUGCAGCUACGCAGCUACCAAACACAUGAAGCUCACCUGGACGUUCACUCAGGGUGGCUCCAUCCAGAACAUGGAGUCUCAGCGUUGUCUGGAGCUGGUGGAGAGCCGACAGUCAGCGUUCCCUUUCCAGCUGGCCAUUCAGGACUGCACGGAUCAGAAAUGGACCAUCACUAACAUACUGACUGUCCUGCCACAGUGAACACACUGACACCCGUCAGCUACCAGAACACCUUUGUUGUGACGGACUAAUCUAGUAAGCGAGGAAGUUCGUGCGAGGAACUCCCGCGCUUCAAACCGACCCAGACCCAAGAUUGACCGCUACAAAGUUCUGGUGCACAUAAAAAAAAAUUUGAGUCUAGUUAGAAAUGGACCAACAUGCUGACCUAAGCAGCGAACUAAGUGUCCAAAAAAUGAGCUUCAAUACCAGAACUAUUUUUAACGAGAGUCUGCACAGGAAAAGAUGUGCUUCAAUCAGACACGGACCAUCAGUAACCUAAUAACUGUUUUAUACCAGUGACCUGAGAGAAGAGACGCUCACAGAUGGAGCCGGGGCUCUUAAAACUUCCCACUCUGCAAUCCAAAUGAGAAAUAUAGCCGCUUGUUCCAAGGGACAGGCUCGUGAAAUCAUGUAAGCACUCUGGUUAUUGCAGGAGCAGGCCUGCGAUGUAUUUUGCAUCCCCAUCCGCAGUUUAAGAUAGGGCCUGUACUCCCUCAGUCUCAUCGCACAAUCAGCAUAACAAACUGAGUGAGCAUGGUUUCAAUAUCUGUGUGUGCAGGGGGAGAAAUGCAAGGUGAGCGACUGCACGUGUUCCAGAAACAUCUAGCAAUUUUACAAAACAAACUGGCAGAUUGUUAUACAAAUGAUGUGGAGGGGGCAGGUUUUGAGUUAUUACCGUUACACGCUACUUGACUCUGAGUGGAGGCAAGACAGAUGCUGUAGACUCCCUCUGCAUCACAACAAAGUGAGAAAGUGCAAUGGAGAAUAACCACCGAAUAACUCUAUCCCUCUGAAGUGCGUGCUUUGGAAUUAAUUUGAUCGGAAGCAGAGCCGGCGAUCAUGCUGGAAGGAGCCAUAUAUGUGGGUUAAGAGACAGAGCAGGAGAUUCAUCCGGAAAAGAAGAUUGUAGACUUCCUAGCUCCUGUAACACCAGCACGUAACACGACUCUGGCUCAUGCAGCAUUAAUAUAUCUUAAGCAGACCUAGGUGAAAGAAGGAAAGUGGUGUGGAAACUGUUGGGGUUGGAGAAGAUGACACACACCUCAAGAAGCCCUGCCCAGGUCUGAUUUCAAGGCAAGUACAUCAGUCCAAUGAAACCAGACAAAGAGCUCUCAAACAGGUGAUCUCAGAGCAGAGGGUCAGCGAUGUGAAAGCUGCUACAUCAAAUCUCACGUUCUGAUAUGACAAAUAAGAAGUUAAAGGAGAAAUCCACCCUAGAAUACUCAAGCCACACUGGGGUUUUUAGUUAUUUUGGCCAAUUUAAAGGUUUUAUGUUUAAAUGUUUCACGUUGAGUUUACCAAACGCUAUAUAUUCAAAAGAAUCAAAGCUGUAGUUGUCCUGCCAUAACAGGUAUAUUAAAACUGACCCAAGAAGAUGUCAAUUUAACACAGCCUGUAUACUUCCACACAGUUCUGAGAAGAUGUCUAAUCGGGCAAAAUAACCUGCGUGGGUGUGCAAGGAGCUUUAACAGAUAUUCACUGUCCUAUUUCAGGGGUCUCCUCCUUCAAAGUCCUCCUUUUGAAUUUCAAGACCUAAGGCUGACCCCGUCCAUCACCUCAGCUAAGAAAUGCAUCAUUCCUUUGCCUUAAUCACCGCACUCACUUUGCUACAUCGAUGGAUAACGAUCACGUAACUAAGUCAUGUUAACAAAGAAGCUACGAAAAAGCCAUUGCAAAGUCUAACAAUUAACACCAGGCGUAAACACUGAUGUUUGUCCUUGUCAGCAGCCUGAACAUGUUGUUCAUCACUACAUGUAGAAUGCUCCAAUGACUUGCACACAUUAUAAUUUAAGUUAAUGUUAAAGUUAUGUUGAUACAUUAACUGAAUAUAUUGUUUGCCAGUAAAUUUAAAGGAUAAUUCUGGUUUAUUACAACUCGGGUCUUGUUUUUGUAGUUGUGGCCAUAAUUUCUAUCAGUUAUAGUAACAUUGCACUAACCAAGUUAACUGGUGACAAAUAACUGGAACACAGCGAUACUGCUAAACAUGAGCAGUCAGAUAAUCAAACACCCAGGUUAGUCAGACUUAUUUGGAUGAGAAAAUGAAGGCAAACUGUGGGUUGUAAUCUAGGGAGGACUGGGUGGUGAAACGAUUGGCGUAGCGGCCAUUCAUGUGUAUAGGAAGCCAGCACGAAGUUUGCCAGCUCAGCCAGAGCUUCCAUCUUGGAACAUGGUAUCUCUUCAUUUUAAUAUAUCUGGUUGUAAACAUCUAUCACAGUUAACAGAUCGACUUCCUGGUUCAGAUUUGACCUACCAUACUGAAAGGGGAGAUUCUUUUGUCUUAUCCGAUGAAGUUGGACAAGGAUUAAAAGACACAAAAUUAAAACAUAACACAUACAAUGCUAACGGCAAAGGCCAUCACAGUUUGUUUAUAACCUCUCUCAUCAUUGGACCACUCAGGUUUCCUGCCCGACAGGCUUCUUUAUGGCAAUGACGCCAUGUCAUGUUCCCAGCUCUCAGCAAUGACUUCAGUGAGUAAAAUGUUUGUACAACGGACAAAAACAUUGGCCAAAAUUACGAAUACAAGGCCCAGGUUGUAAUAAACCAAAUUAUACUUUAAGCAUCACAACUCAUAAACUCUAGUAUCAUGGAAAUUGGCUGAGUUUACCACUGUUUUUUACUGCUUCGUUGUCUGACUGCAACUUUUUGGUGGUAAACUAAUUUCUGACUUUUUGAGACGUUGAGGACAGCCAGAAUGCACCGAUAGUUUGGGGGAAGACCUCGCAGUGGCACUGAGAUGAAUCCUCUAUCAUUUCAGGAGGAGGUGCGGGUACAGCCCACUAGCCUUCAGUCCUCCCACGGAUACGUCUUCUUAGGACGCGGCCCCUGAAAUGGGGCCCAGGUUGUCAUUACAUUCUCCACCUACACAGCUGCAACAAUGUCAAGCCCCAUCUGUAUGGGUUGUUAAACGGUAUUCUGGGAAAUGUAGGACAUCACUACUGAAUUAGAAUCAGAUGAUGAGUAACAUAAAAAGAAUGGAUUGAACACAACAGAUGGACGUUAUAUCAUCCAUAACAGAUGGAUGGUAUCUGACAGUGGACGAGCAUCCAAGGAGCGAUGUUUUCCUUUACAAUUCUGCUGCUGCGUACUCAAACCAGUAAAUACACUGGUGUGUGUAUGUGUGUGAAUGUGUGUGUGCCCUAUUAUUUGUUUUGUUCUAUAAAUGCUUUGUCCCCUUAAAGCUCUGAAUCAUGGGUAUUCACCCGGGAAGAAUUCAACAAAGGAGAUUGUGAGCAGUCAUUUCUACGCAUCUCAAAUGUACAGCUAACCACGGGGAGCAUGCAGAAACGUGCGCUAGCAAAGAAGUGUACCUUCUUCUCCUCAUUAGUUCAUCAUCAAGAAAUGUUGCACCCAAAGACAUGUAAUUAAAAAAAAGUCAAUAUUAGAGACAUGUAUGUGGGUCUUACUUAUGGAGUUUAAUCAAUUCUGUGCGCAUAAUGGGACAAUUUUAGCACAGACAAAUAUAUUUUGGAGAGAAAUUAUCUCACAAAGAAUAUCUUCACAUGAUAAUUUCUUCACAAAAUAUAAUUUAUGUGCAAGCAAAGACAUGUAAUUAAUCAAUAUUAGAGACAUGUAUGUGGGUCUCACUCAUGGAGUUAAAUAUGUGCCUCGUUUCUGAGCAUGUAAUGGAAAAAAUUUAGCACGAAAAAUAUAUUUUGUAGAGAAAUUAUUACCAUAAAAAGAAUAAUUUCUUUAUUUGAUAAUUUCUCCACAAAAUGUAGUUUAUGUGCAUGCAUAUAUUUCUGUGCUUAAAGUCCCAUUGCUUGCACAGAUAUAACGCCAUACAGACUGGGCAUUUGUGACUGAGGUAUUGGAGUGUCUGGAUGUAUGUUUUAUGUAUGGGAAUUAUGCUUUUGCUGAUUUGACAUUUGCAUAUACUACUGCUAAACCAUUUGCUCUACAUUUACAGAUCUCCAAAAGUUACACACUGUCAUAAAGCUUUUAAUUAAAUAUAACUGCUUUGCAAUUAAUCUCCCAAUUAUUCAAAGCCCCAGCCUGCAACAGUCUUUAUCAAUAAUUCAACACAAAAACAGGAUGAACCUAUUCAUUAUUAAUCUGGCUAUUAUGUAUUCAAAAGUUUUUUCAAUCACAGCCCACUGAGGUACCAAUAACAGAGUGCUAACGCAGUGGUAACUUGUGGAACUGUAUGUCUUCUAACGGCUACUGUGUAGCAUCUGUUACCAGACCUUCUGUUGACCUUCUGUUGUUUUUGUGGCUCAGGUUUGUAGAUCCUGAAAUUUUAAAAGUAUCUCAAUUUUUGGGAAGCAGUUAAUAUAUCAAGUCAUGAAAAUGUCCAGGCUAUUUUAUUAGUGUAUUUAAACUGGAUAUUUAUAAGUACCAACAGUAAAAAAUGAUAAUGGCUAAA